AAUGUAGCCCUUAAAGUUAUCAAGGUAUGUACACUGCCCUGAGCAUUGAUAUUGUAUAGUGUUACUUUACUAUUCUUCUCAACGAUAUGAGCUUUUGGUUGGUCAAAAUCUUCGUAACACAUAAUUUUCUGUGUUACCAUUUUCGUGCAUCGUCUAGGUGUGGUAACAUUCGUUGAAUGGUAUGGUAUAUCUUUUACUAGGCUUUCAGUUAGCACUUCAGCUUUGAGUUCAUUAAAACAUUACCCAUUUCUUUUUCUGUUAUUAUCUUAUAAACAGGAUUUUCUUACACUAUCAUUUAUCUUUGAUUAUCAUACUUUUUAAAAUAUUUUGAACUACAGGUGAAGUUUCUGCAAAACAAAGUUAGCUAAAUGCAUAAAAGCACUAUAUCUCGAAUACGUAGUGCACCAACUCAGAGAAAUAGUGGGGUAAAUAUUGAUGAAUUAUCUGCAUACGCUACUUUGUCCAACUACGAAGUGCAAGGGUCUAUUGGACAAGGUCAGUUUUCAACCGUGUGGCAAGCCUUUCACCUUCCGUCCUGUCAGACAGUUGCUAUGAAAAAAAUUAAGGUUAAUCUAGUUUUCUGUGACUGUCGUUCACAUUUGUUGUCCACCACACAGAUGUUGUGUAUGUAGAUUUAGAUUUGAUUAUGUGCAUGCGAACCAAACAAUGUAUCAAUUUUUGUCUAAAGUGACAUCAGUUAAGAAGUUAUAAUUCGGUUUAUUUCUAACCCUAGUUAUCAUAGGUUUUGCACCUUUGACUGACCUUGUCCUCUGUUAAGCCCAUAAAUGUUUGAGCGAUUUAUAUGAUCUGUAACAUAAAGCACAACUUUAAGGCAAAGAAACAUCAGUGAGAGCAAAAACGUUUAUCGACACCUAUAUGUAAAACAAAACAAGCGUUUAUCCAGCUUUUCAGUACAUAUACUUGCUUUCUGGUAAUUUUUUUGUUUAUGACACAUACUUACUUGUAUUAAUAGGAUGGACAAACUUUUGUGAGGAUUUUCUAGUUUUAAAUUAGGUAAACAAAUAUAUUUCGUCCAUGUAUGCUUAUAGAGAAACUCACUACGCUUUUAUUUGGGCUGGUUUGCUAAUCCUUUUCCGACCAUUAGUUGUAAACAUUUGGCCAGUGGUAUUGUGCUCAUAACUCAAAACGUUCAGUCGGUUUUAAUUCUUACAUUAAACUAUCAAAUGUUACAUGUUAAAUUCUCUCUAUUGAUGAGUUUAUAAAACUGACGAUAUAAAAAAAUAUGAUUAUGUUGUUGCGUCACCUCUUCAAAUAUCAGGACAUCUAAUAGCCGCUGUAAUGUGAAUGAAUCUAGUGUCACUUUCUGGGCCGAAAUUUGAAUUUUAUGUACUCUAGUAUUUUGCUAGAAUAAGUAGCAGAGUUGUAUGUUUCACAUAAAACGGAGCUCGUGGACCGGUUCUAAAAGUACCACAGUAGAUGCAAAUGGACCAGAGAUUGAAGACAAGAAAAAUCCACAAACACACUUGAGUAUAUUGUAUUAGGGUAAUGAAUGAAGCAAUAGUUAUGAAAAAAUUGGUUGUUUCAUACACCACGUUGAUUUUAAUAAAUAACAGAUGGCAUAGAGUUUUUAAAGAAUAGUGGAUUGUGGCUAAAACUAAGAAGAAGAAAUAGUAACCUCCUAAAUUGGGUUGGGCCGGUUUGCUGGAAUUAUCAAGCUUUUACUCAGUUACAUCAUUCAAACACAAUUUUUACACCAGACGUAUUAGAUAUCCUUGAUGCUCAACCUCCAUUAGGUUAUUUACUUAUGUGCGCAUAAAUAAAUGGCUGUAGGCUUUUUCAUGGAGAUGUUCAGGAUACUAAGGAUUACCGAGUAAACGACGUGCAUAGGAAAAUUAAAAUUGGAUCUAGUGAUUAAGUUGAGUAUUUUCUACUUUUUCACAAAUUAUGGAGAUGUCACUAUUAUAUAUGCCUCUGUUCCUUGACUGUUAACUGUGGAAGAUGGUAUACAUUCAUGACAUUUAUCUGAUCGCUGGUGAAAAUUCUUUCUGUUAUGUUACUGUGGCUGAAGACUAAGGUCAAUACAUUCAAGUGUCAGUUUCAGUGUUACAAAAAAAAACAAAUGAAAACACAAAUUCAAAAUUUUGCAUAUUUAACGUACCUAAAGUAAAUACAUUUAUGCUUUAUUGUGGUUCUAAGAUAAGAAUGUUUAAAGGAUCAAAACCCUACCAAACAAUUUGAAUAUCUACAUAAAUAUAUCUAUCAGAACAAAGACAAAUGGACUGCCGAUUGUUGCAUCGCAAGCUUGACGGCAUAUGUUGUUGUCAAUUCGAAAUUUAACCUCUUACAUGCACAUAAUGAGUGUGCAUUUGAGUUCUGACACUAAUAAAGAUAGGAGUUGAAGUUACUGGCAAAUUGUGUCGGUGGUUUCAGAAAGUGGUAUUUCGGUAAGCAAUAAUAUUACAUUAAGAAAAACCACCGACUUAUCAGCAAUAUUUAUAUAAUUAACACAGUCAAUAAAUUAAAAAGUCUUUAAGUGUAUAUUUAAUUAACUGUUUAAUCCCGAAUUGGGUUACUCUUAAUUAAAGCCAAUUCGCACUCAUUUACUUCAUCAUGUAGUCAAUUGAUAUUUUUAGCUGUGUAGUUUGUUGUUACUGUAGCUGAUGGUGCAGGAUCUUCUCUCACAUAUUAUAUUUAUUUACGACGCUCUUUGUACCUCUUUAAUCUCAUAUUUGUCUGGAUCGCCACUUCAUAAUGACUAUAAAUGUCCACAUUUGACUAAUUUCCUUGUUAUAAGUAUGUCAAUUUUAUGAUAAUUUUGUUAUAAAAGUAUGAUAGGUUGAAAGCAGCCAAUGAGAAUCUAACGAAAUAAAGUGGAUUUAUGCUAUUCUGACCAAUUCUUUAUUCUUGACCUUUUCAAAAUGAUAAAGGGAUAAAAGAUAUUUGAAAUGGUUGAUGCAAAAGCACGUCAAGAUUGCAUAAAAGAGAUAGAUCUAUUGAAAAGAUUAGAUCAUCCAAAUGUCAUACGUUAUUUGGCAUCUUUUGUGGAAAACAAUGAAUUAAUUAUUGUUUUGGAACUUGCAGAUGCGGGUGACCUAUCUCACAUGAUUAAGCAUUUUAGAAAGAAAAAGAGAUUAAUCCCUGAAAAAACUAUAUGGAAGUAUUUCGUUCAAAUUAGUAGUGGACUGGAUCAUAUGCAUUCCAAACGUAUCAUGCACCGAGAUAUCAAGCCUGCCAAUGUAUUUAUCAAUGUUAAAGGUCAGGUGAAACUAGGAGAUCUUGGAUUAGGGAGAUAUUUUAGUUCAAAGACUAUGGCAGCUCACUCCUUAGUUGGUACACCCUAUUACAUGUCACCAGAACGAAUACGUGAACAAGGUUAUGAUUUCGCAUCAGAUAUAUGGUCCCUUGGAUGUUUACUUUAUGAAAUGGCCGCACUACAAUCACCGUUUUAUGGUGAUAAGAUGAAUUUAUUUCGUCUGUGCCAAAAAAUUGAACAUGGUGAUUACGCUCCAUUACCUAAAGAAAUUUAUUCAGCUGAACUUCGUGAAUUAGUCACUAUAUGUAUACAAAAAGAACCAACGAAUAGACCAACUAUUACACAUAUUUAUAAUAUAGCUAAAGAGAUGCAUGAAUUACUUAAUGGAAAGAUUUCCUCCUCUCCUUCAUGUUCUCAACUUGAUUGUCGACCGUCUUCAGCCACUACAAAAUAAUUCCCCUCAUUUUCAUUGUCCUCUACAUCGAAUAUUGUAAAAGAUAAUCAAAUUAUUAAUUAAAUACCAUUCCAACUGCUUUUAUUUAUUGUCUUUCAAUCUUUUCACAAACACAAAAAUUUUUCCCAACUGCUGUCUAACACAAGAUUGCACAAUUUACAAAUUAUUUUUUUUCAAUAUUACCAUACUACUGAAUUCCAAAUAAUCUUUGUGCUGAUUGAUUUGAUUUUUCUUUUUCUUGCCUUCUCUUUUUUCUUUCAUUAUUUUGUAUCAUAUAGUAGUAGUUUUAGUUUUGUAGAAAAAAAAGAUAAAAAAGAACAAUGAACUAGAUUGAACAGUUUUCAUUUAUUUAUAUAACAUCUUCAAACCCUAAUCUUUCACAUUAAUGCCUAUAAUCUUACUACUUCUACCACUAUGGGAUUUGAACGAAGUUCUACGUUGUGACUGACUGAGAAAUAGUUUGUUAUAGAAGAUAAACUUUUUCACUUGUGAAAUAAUAUAUCUUUCAUAAGUCAUGUAACAUAAAUUCCAUAAAAAGAGUUCUUUACUUCCAUUGAAUUCCUUCUGUUUGUUUGAAUGUUUGUUUGUUUUUUUUUGAGAGAGAGAAAUUUCAUGAACUGAUUGCCUCUAAUAUUAUUCUAGUACGUUUUUUGUUUAUAUUAAUUAUUUAAUUAAUACUUUCAUUAGAUUUAGAAAAUAUAAUUUUAUUCUA